UUUAUUGCUUUGUUUUAUUCAACGAUACCUGAAUAAAAUAUGAAAAAAAAAAUUAUGCAAACCAUCAUAUACAAAUUUAUGACAGGCUAGGACGUUUAGCUUGAACAAGGAAAUAGUUGUGCAGGACAUACCCAGAGAUCCCAUGGGUGUUCAGGGUCUUACUACCUAUGUGGAGGGCAACAGAAACUUCCUCCAAGAUGUGAGGUUCAGGGACAGUCGACUGGUUAUCGAUGGCUGCAGUCUGUAUUUUCGCCUUUACUUUAACCACGGUUUGGACCAACAGAAUGGAGGAGACUACGAUGCUUUUGCGUGCCUGCUCACCCAGUUCCUCUCUGCACUGGCAGCCUGUAACAUCCAGCCAUAUGUGGUCCUGGAUGGAGGGAUGGACCUCAGUGAUAAGAAGUUUCCCACACUGCGGCAGCGUCUUCAGUCCAAGAUAAAGGAAGCUGACAGUUUAUCUCACGGCCGUAAUGGCUCUGUUCUUCCCAUCUUCACCAGAGAUGUCUUCAUUCAGGUCCUCAUCCAGAGAGGAAUCCCACUGGUCCAGUGUUCAGCUGAGGCCGACUGGGAGAUUGCAUGUUUGGCUCACCAGUGGAACUGUCCAGUUCUGACCAAUGACAGUGAUUUUUAUAUCUUUGACCUGCCAGGUGGUUACCUGCCACUCAAGUUUUUCCAGUGGACCAACCUUAAUGGUAAAGCCUCUCAACGCUAUAUCUCGGCUCGGUGCUAUACCACUAGUAGUCUGUGUCGCUGGUUUGGGGGCAUGAACCAGGAGUUGCUACCCUUAUUUGCUGUCCUGACUGGUAAUGACUAUGGGACUCCAAAAGAUGCUGAUACACUUUUUGCUGUUCUAGAUUUGAGUGCAUUUAGGGGAGGUGGCGGCAGGGGUAGAGGUCGAGCACCCUCCUCCCGCAUUGAGGGCCUCCUGUUUUGGCUGUCUUCUUUCCCUAGUCCAGUGGAGGCCCUGGAGGAAGUGAGCAGGCUAAUAGGGGAGACGGGUAGUAGAGGCAAGAGAGGACAGAAGGGUGGGCUGAGUUCUCAACUGUGGGCAGGUAUGCAGGAGUACCAUAUCACCCCUCAAAGCUCUCUGGCUUACUGGUUCUCUGGAGGUCAGGUACUUCCAGGAGGGCAGACCUCUACACUUGCACAGCUACCACAGUGCCUGUCAUGGGCUGCAGCGCAGGGGCUUUUGGCUCCCUCGGUAGUGGAUGCUUUAGUGAUGCGCAGGGUCUUGCUCAUGCCACAGGUGGAGAACAGCAAGCUACCCAGCAGCCACUGUAGUGCCAUAGCUAUACGGCAGGCUAUAUAUGGGAUAUUACUGCUGGGAGGUCAAGGUAACAUAACUCAAGGAAGAGGGGGGAGUAUACAGGGACCAGGAGGUGCUGGUCAUCCACAACAUGUUAGGACAGAAGAACAUAUCAGCCAGGAGAUGAGAGGUGGGAGAGGUCGAGGGGGAAGGGGACGUGGAGGUAGGGGUCAGGGCAAUGUAUCUCCCUUACAGCAGGGUGAAAAUGUAGGUUUUAGCAUUGAAGAAGCAGCUGGUGUAGCUACAGUGCAGUCUCAGGGCUCCAGUGCCACCAUGUGUGUGGAAGAAUAUGACCGUCUGGACCUGAACUUGAAGAAAAACCAAGUGGAGGCACAUUCACUCAAAACCCCUUUAUUCAUGGAUACACUCAGCCAGGCUCCUGCAGCAGCUCGUCUUGGUGGCCUGUUAGAAGUCUUAGGUGUUAAGGAGAUUGACCUGGCUCUUGCUCCUCUCCACUUGAGGCUGGCUGUAGCAGUGACAGGUUACUGGUUGCGAGAGGCCAUACCAACACCCUCACAGCUCCAGCUCCAAGCUUUGGUGCUGGGCAUGGUCUAUGGAGAGCUGUCUUGGAAUAACCAGCCCGGAGCUAACCACUACCAACAUGCUGUCCCACAGCCAAACUGGGCUGCAGAACGCAAUGUGUUGGCAGGGCUGGAUCGUCAACGUGUGAGAGCAGGGGAGAGAAGGGGCUUGGAUGUCGGAGUGGCUCACAGUUUCAGCCAAUGGCAGGCCUGCCUCUGGAGUGCGCUGUGUCUUAAUCAGCUAUUGCUGCUACCACUGCCUGAACCACACCUGUCAUGGGUGUUUAGUGGUACCUUGGUGCACGGCCUCUUCAGAUAUCUGAAGGGGGGCCGAGCUGCUGAAUCCCUUUUACCUGGGGGUUCCUUGUCUGGACAACUCUACUUCUCCCUGCUGGAUGCUGUGAAGAGCUGCAGCUCCAAAACCCAUCCCUCCUCUUCUGCAGCCGGUAGGGGGAGGAGAGGCAGAGGACGAGGACGAGGACGAGGACGGGGAAGCAGAGGAAGAGGGGGAGGUAGGAGAGGAGCAGGGGGAGGGGGAGGGAGCAGAGGGACUGAGGAGAUCAAUAACAGGUUUGCGCUACUUAUGAGUGAGGAAGAGUUUGAUGAUGAUUAAUAGGGAGGCAGAGAGCACUGAAACAGAAACACAUUGAUAUGAAGCAAUUAAUAGAGACCAAAUUAUAUCCUAGUGGAUUAUAAAAGAUGCUCAGGGAAUGAUGCAAAUUGUCAUUUUCAACUGAACACAUCUUAAUGUUUACCACCAUGCUUCUACCUUUGUAACCAUAUUGCACUAAUCUACCCUUCCUCAGUAGCAACCUGCUUAUGUUUUAAUUUAUUCUUGCAGAUUCAAAUCAUGUAUCAAAUGUUAUCCCAAAGCACAUUCUUGCCAUAUUUUAACUGAUUUAUGAGAUGUUUUUAUCAGAUAAAUGUCACUUGUUUUCAAGUGGACAGUAAUAUAAACACAAAAUCUGAACAUAGAGAUGUCUUGUAUCCAGAAUUGGCAGCUAAUGUCAUCUCAGUGUGCAACAUAUCAUUUUUAUCACAUGUGCUUUAAUAUCCCAUGAAUUUUGUAACUAAGUUCUGUGUAAUAUU